AUGUCUCGCCGAUACGAUAGUCGCACGACCAUCUUCUCGCCUGAGGGACGUCUGUACCAAGUCGAGUAUGCGCUCGAAGCCAUUUCACAUGCUGGUACAGCCUUGGGAAUUUUAGCAACAGAUGGCAUCGUCCUGGCAGCAGAGCGAAAGGUCACAAGCAAGCUGCUGGAGCAGGACACUAGCGCUGAGAAGCUUUACAUUCUCAAUGACAACAUGAUCUGCGCAGUAGCAGGCAUGACCGCCGAUGCCAACAUCCUGAUCAACUACGCCCGUCAAGCCGCCCAGCGCUACCUUCUCACAUACAACGCAGACAUCCCAUGUGAACAGCUGGUACGGAGGUUGUGCGAUCUCAAGCAAGGAUACACGCAACAUGGUGGUCUGCGACCGUUCGGUGUGUCUUUCAUCUAUGCAGGAUUUGACAAGCAGAGACAGUUCCAGCUCUACCAAUCCAACCCCAGUGGAAAUUACACAGGCUGGAAGGCGACAAGCGUCGGUGCCAACAAUGCGAGCGCACAAUCUCUCCUCAAACAGGAUUACAAUGAGGAAUGCAACCUCAAGCAGGCAUGCGAGCUUGCUGUCAAGGUGCUCUCCAAGACCAUGGAUAGCACCAAGCUAUCAAGUGAGAAGAUCGAGUUCGCAACCGUGGGAAGGACAGCGUCAGGAAGCAUCUACCAUCAUUUGUGGGAUGCUGACGAGAUUGACACACUCCUGAAGGAGCACGGCCUUGCGAAGAAGGAGGAAGAGCCUGAGACUUGA